AUGGGAUUCGGGCGUCUCUGGAAACCAGCCCAUCACACCGGAGGGUACAGCUUUGUCCGCGCCACGCGCGCCACGUGGAGACGCUCUGGCGUUGCGCUUUGGCGUCCCCCUGGCUGCAAUCCCCCAAACCAUGACCCCACCAUGGAGAAACUAGGUCUCAGCUGCGACGACGAAGGCGGUAACCAGCAGGCUGCGGCCGCCCCGAGCCCGGGAGAUCUUCACCGCCUGAGCAUCCUGCGCUGCAUCCAGUGGCUGGCCCAUGCUUGCCGGUGUCGGCGCGCCGGCUGCGCCCUGGCCCCCUGCCAGAAGCUGAAACGGGUCGUGCAGCACACCAAGGGCUGCAAGUGGAAGACCAGCGGGGGAUGCCCCGUCUGCAAGCAGCUCAUCGCCCUCUGCUGCUACCAUGCCAAGCUCUGCCAGGAGCACGCGUGCCCUGUGCUGCUGUGUCCGCACAUCAAGCAAAGGCUCCGGCAGGCACAGACGCUCGGCAGGAGGACGGCCAGUGGCCCGCAGAGGGCUGGUGUGGUGGGGCAGCAACCGGGCCCGUCCUCCCCGACCCCUGCUGCUCCUGCCCCGGCGCAGGCUGCUGGGCCGCAGUUUCCAGGGCUCCCACCUGCAGCGGUGGAAGCGGCAGUGCACGGUCAGGGGGCAGUGCAUGUCCAUCAAGAGCCACAGCCCCAGAUGGCACAUGUACAGACCUUUCAAAGGCCAAUGCAGCUCCAGGUGCCCCAGAUGACCCCAAUGGCCCCCCUGGGUAUGAACCCCCCUGCCAUGGCCAGAGGUCCCGGGGGGCACUUGGAGCCAAGAAUGGGGUCCGCGGGGAUUCAGCAGCGCCCGCCAUGGGCCCAGGGAGGAUUGCCUCAGCCCCAGCAGCAACAGGCUGGAAUGGCAGGCCCGGCCGGGACGGCAGUGGCCCGACACGGUCAGCCCUGGAGCACUGCUCCUGAGCCGGGACUGGGCCAGGUCACCGCGCCCCAUCUCAAACCAGGCUCCGUGUCUCCACAAACCUUACGCAACCUUCUGCGGACUCUCCGGUCUCCCAGCUCUCCCCUCCAGCAGCGACAGGUGCUCAGUGCUCUGCUUGCCAACCCCCAGCUGUCGGCCAUAUUGGUCAGGCAGCGGGCUGCCAAGUACGGCAACCCUAACCGGCACCCCCUCGCUGGGCAGCCUGGCAUGCUCCAGAGCCAGCUAGGGCUGCAGCCCCCUGCCCUGCCAGGUCAGCAGGGGGUCCACGCCAACCCAGCCACACCAAACAGGAAGCCCAUGCAGAUGGGCGUCCAGAGGGCUGGCCUGCCCCAGCAGCAACCGCAGCAGCUGCUGCAGCUGCUCCAGCUGCCCAUGGCGGGGAUGAGCCCCCAGGCUCAGCAGAUGAACGUGGACCACGACACCAUGGCUUCACAGUUCCGAGGCACCCAGAGACGACAGCAGAUGGGUAACGGCAGCUGGUUCCAGCCAUCCCGGGCAGUGGGCUACCCUGCACUGCAGCAGCAGCAGCAUCCCAUGCAGCAGGUGCUGCCAGGGAGCCUGGCACAGCAGGGCCAGCGACCCCAGGCCUGGGGAGCAGCCGAGGCAGAAGCCAGUCUGCAGGCCUAUCAGCAGCGACUCCUCCAGCAACAGAUGGGGUCCCCUGCUCAGCCCAACCCCUUGAGCCCCCAACAGCGUCUGCUCCCAAAUUGGGCUCAGUCCCCACACCUACAAGGCCAGCAGACCUCUUCUUUUCUUUCCAGUGAAAUGCACUCUCCCCAGCCUGUCCCUUCUCUUUGGCUGCAGUCUUGGUCCCCGAAUUCCACCCCUUCCCCAAGGAGGCAGCCUCAGCCAUCUCUGCAGCACAUCUCCCCGCAGACUGGUUCUCCACAUCUGGGGCUGGUAGCCGCCCAGGCCAACCCCAUGCAAUGAGGGCAUGUUGCCAGCCUGGACCAGAAUCCGAUGCUUUCUCAGCUCGCUAGCAAUUCAGGCGUGGCGAACCUCCCUGGUGCAAGCACCAGGGACCUGGGACUCGCGUCCAAAUCUCUCACAGAGCACACUACACAUACUCUGGAGACUCCUUGUGUGCCCGGGGAGGGGGCCCCUGCCUCGCACCCCCCAUAG